CCCCGCAGCCCGCCCGGGCUCCUAGAAGCGUCAGCGCCGCCCGAGCAGCCGGCGGGGACGCCAGGCGGGUAGGAGGGCGCUGAAUGCAUGCGCGACCCGGAGCUACGGCUUGCCAUGUGUGCUGGUAGCAUCCGGCUUCGGCAGCUCCCCGGUCCCGGUAGCGGGUGAUCGGGGCGGAGCGGCAGCACGGCAGACCGGCGGGGAGGCAGCCCCGCGCCGCCGGCGGGAUCAUGGUGAAGGAGGAGUGCAAAGCGCUGCUGGACGCGCUCAACAAGGUGACCGCCUGCUACCGGCACAUGGUGCUGACCAUCGGUGGCACCUCGGACUCCCAGAACCUGCGGGAGGAGCUCAAGAAAACCCGGCAGAAAGCCCAGGAGCUAGCGGUGGCCAACAGGAACAAGCUCACCACGGUCCUGAAGGACAAAACCGUGAGCAAGGAAGAUAAGGCCGAGUUCGAGAGACUAUGGGUGAUUUUCUCCACGUGCCUAGAGAUCCUGGAGAUCGACAUGAGGAGAGCUCUCGAGCUGGGCCACGAGUUCCCGCUGAACGUCCCCAAAAAGCACCUGAUCCAGACAGGCAUGAGUGGGGGAACCUCUGGCGUGGCCGCCAGGGCGAUGAGCGUCCAGAACAUGAAAUACGAGGCUGAGCACAAUAUAGACGUGGUGGAUCUGAAAGACCUCGAGAACGAAAUCAACCAGGUAGGAGAGAUGAUGUACGAGAUGGAAAUGAAGGUCAGUGUCCCCCAGUGGACAGUAGAGGCCAAGCAAGACCCAGGGGCUGAACUAAAAUCCACCAUCAGCGUGGGCGCUUCUUCUAUUGGCAUGAUCUCUGUGGAGGAAAAUAAAUCCUUCUGCGAUAUCAGCAAGGUUCUAGCUGGGAUUAUUUUCUCAGCUGUGCUCAUUAUCGCUAUUGUCCUGGCAGUGUGUGUGGUAAAACUCUCUUAGGGUGGUGCAGGCUCUGACAAGAGCGACCCCCCCUCCGGUCUGUCUUUGGAGUGUUUCAUGCCUCACCUUUAAUUUCAAAACGGGUCACUCGGAUGAGCUGAGAAUUUAAACCUGGCACUUGAAAAAACAAAGCAAAACUUUUGCCUCUCAAUAUCCUAAAAGGCACGAUUUGUUUCUUCUUGCUUUUUGAAGAGAUGCAAAUCAGCCUGCACAUCUACUGGACUUGUAACGGUUAACUAUGAAGUAUCAGGGUAUUAUCACUACUGGCUAUAACAGGGAUUUGUCUGCUAUUAAUAGAUCACUAUUCUCAGAAGCCUGUAUUUUUUGUUCUUGAAUAGGCUCUGGUGUUUCCUGCUGGUCACUGUUUACAGUAUUGGAGAGUUACACAAUUUGGAGGCUAACACAGGUGUUUUGUCUGACAAAGUGGAUAGAAUACUUUUUUUUUUUCAUCAAAUACACAAAAUAUUAUUUCAGUGAAGGAAAAGGAGAAGUAUGAAAACCCCAGUAAAAGAAUGUAAACAGCCUCUAUUUUAGAUAAGGUAAUGGUUGGGGAGGGGGGAGGGGGGGAGGAGGAUGGAGAAAACAGAACAAGCAAUGUUUGAUACCAAAUACUGUUUGUUGAUUUAGACUGGAUUGUACAGAACCCAGUUGCAUGGGUUAGCAGACCAUGCGUGAAUGACUAAUGGCUUUCCAAAUCCAGAGAGAAAAAAGGGAGAGUUGCAUAUUCAGAAAAAUACUAGCAAGCCUCGUGGUUUUCAUCCACGUUUACCACGAUUUUGUCUUCCCCUGCAGAAAGGCUGAUUCUUGCCAUUGGUUCAAAUUUCUCUUCCUAUAGAAGCAAACAGUUUGCACUUCACUGUUAACUAUGAAAAUAGGAGCAAUUAAUCUACCCACAGCAGAAGCAGUAAUUUUUGAAAAUAGAUUUUGGCAAACAAAAAUGUCAAGUUAAAGCGGACCUUUCUAAUAAUCCAAAGAGAUCCCCUCUCAUGUUGACAGGCAGGGAUUGAUGUCUGUAUAUGUACAGUCACACUUCUGCAAGCUCCUGAAUUCUUUGCAGAAAUCCAGGCAAAGCUAAAAAUGUGUCUCAGUUUCGUAUCUCAUUCAUGUCUGAUUAAUUAUUUGGGAAACAGGAAGCCUGUAGGAUUGGUCCAAUUUGAUAGACUGCAAUUUUGGGAGGUAAGUACAAGAGCAGCAUAAAACUUUACAGUGCUUCACCAUAAGAUUGUCAACGUUUCAGUGUAAAAUUGGGGGGACAGACACUAACUUUGCAGAGCAGCUCUGUAAUGUUUUGUAGAAGGACCUAUGUAUUACGGUAUUUAUUACGUGACUUAUGGAACUGUCUUCUGUUACUGUGAACACACACUAUCCAUUCAAGAAUGCCUGGUACAUACUUUAUAGUGCUGUAAGUGUAUGAGGCGCUCCACAGGCAAAUAUAAAGACCCUGUAAUAUUGGGGUUUUAAUAAGUUAUUAUUCUUCUGCAUUGAUUAUUAUGGACACAUUAUCAAAAAUAAUGAUCAGACAUGUUUUGUGAAGUUACUAGACAACAGUCUUCAUGCUUGUUAAAUAAAAUUAUGUUGACAACACUCUAAACAGCUAAUAUUUUUGAGUUCAAAACUAAACUAAACAUACUUUGAAAAACUGCAGGAGUUUAUUCUUUAAAACCUAAGAACUGGAUUUGGGGAGAAAAAGUGUGUGACAAAUUUGAAUCUGGUCACUUGUAGGUAAGAAAAAAAAUAAUGUAGGUGAGGAAGAAUAGUAAGUGGAGGCCCGAACUACAGGCUAUAGACUACCAUUACGUUGAAGGAUAACGUGAGUUCUGCACAUUGAUCCAGUCUAACUCCAUUCUCGUGGGAAUUCACAGUUCUAUACUACAAUGACUGCACAUUUCUUUCUAUUUUAUUUCACUCAUUCCAUAGGAUGUGUUUUCUACUUAGUUAACCUAGGUUCAUAGAGAACCCUGGCAGCAUUCUAACAAAGUCAAGCCUGUAUUUGUUGGUGCUACUGUUUCAGUCUGUCUAGACGAGCUGUAAUUGCGGUGUGUUGAUUUAAAUGAGAUCUCCUUGAAAGUCAUAUUGAGUAAACAUAUUUAUGGAAGAUACAGCAAAAGCUGCAGGAGAAUGUACGUUUUUGGAUUGCCACCACUAGUCACUAACGAUUUGUGGGUAUUUCCACUCUUUGCACUCUCCUUUUACUUAGUUCACAGGAAGGUGGAUAAGAAGUUGGACUCUAUUCUGUGCUUCUUGAAAACUCCAUGUUCCUUUUGAAAUCAGAUCGUUGAACCACAUGUUCUGAAAACCCAAGUAAUGCAAGUCUGAUUUCUGGUGGAUAAGUAAAUGGUAACACCUACAACAUUCAUUAUCUUGUAUCUUGGUAUCCCAAAGUGGGUAUGCUGUUUAUCCACAGUUAGUUGUGUAGAAGAAUUUUUAAGAAUAGGUAAUCUCAUCUUCAAAAGCAAGCCUCAGUGAGUUGGUAACUUGUAAAUUUUCAGUCCGUUGCAUUUUUUGGAAUUUGGAUUUUUGGAUACAGGACUCAAAGAAUUCAUACAAGUAGCCUAUAAUUAGGUAAGUCUUGCUUCAUUAUGAAUAAGCACACAAUUAGUAUUUAAAGGAUUGGACCUUGGAAAAAUAACAUAUUUUUAAAUCUUAAGACAAAGCUGGCUGCAGAUUUAUUCAUCGUUAGUUUGUUCCUAAAAAUCUGUAUCAUCUUAUAUUUAGGCUAUCUGAAAUUAAAAGAUUAAGUAGAAUUCUAACAGAGGAUUGGCACCAUCUAAAUGGAUAAUGUUCCUGCCAUUAAUCUCCUACACUUGAUACAAGUGUACACUCAAUGUGGCAGAGUUCAGGCUCAACAGCGCACAAAAUCAAAACAAGAUGAAACCGCCAUUGCCCAAAAGUACUGAUGCUUCUUUUAAAUUAAGAAAUAAAGAGAUGUUGUAGAUGUGCAGUCGUCUUUUUUUUCCACCAGAAUGCAACUGGAAGGAGACUGGAAAGGCUAUUUUUGUAAGUGAAAAAUGGGAAGUCAGACUUCAAAAUACUCUAUGUCUAAAUAGCAUGAUGAAAAUGCGAAUACUGUCAUGCUGAUCAGUGAACAAGAAUGUUACUGUGUUUUCAGUACAAAAGAAGAUGGUCAUUGCUUAAUUUCAAUGUUGUUCUACUUCAGUUCUUUUGUCUUUAUUCACAGGAUACACACAUUAAAUUUGCUGUAUACUAAAAUCCUAUUCCUGACUUGAAUUAUACUGGUUUUGCCUGUGCAUGGGUGGUAUUUUUUACACUUUGAAUCAUUCAAACUUGUUACUGUCACUAUUUAUUUAACUUAAAAUAAAGUACAUUCUUAUAACUUA